AUGGAACAAAAGCAAAGCGAGGCAUACGAUGAUUCGGCAAAGUCCAACACCGGCGUGACAGACUAUCAUCGUCCCGAAUCGCUCCAUCAUGGCUCUGCUGACGCAUCGCUCACGCUUGUACCACGCAAACAUUUCAGCACCUUGGCUCUCGUCGGCCUUUCGUUUGCCAUCCUCAACUCGUGGACUGCGGCGUGCGCUUCCAUCAACCUCGCCCUCGGCGCAGGCGGUCCGGUCGGCGUCGUUUGGGGUCUCCUCGUUGGAACCAUCUGCGCUUCCACCAUCGCUCUCUCGCUCGCCGAGCUCUGCCAUAUCUUUCCUUCCAUCGGUGGUCAGUACCACUGGUCCUACGCCAUGGCUCCCAAACCUUAUCGUGCCGCGGUAGCCUACUUUGCCGGUUGGCUUGGUACCACCGGUUGGAUCGCUCUCGCCUCGAGCGCUCCGCUCUACGCCGGCUCCACCAUCAUGGGCAUCAUCAGCGUGUACAGGCCCGACUUUGUUCCAAGCGCUUGGAAGAUCUUUUGCAUCUACAUGGGCCUCACCACAUACUGCGGCAUCGUCAACAUCUGGGGCGUCCGCAUCCUCAACAAGAUGAACCAAGCCGCGCUUCUCUGGUCAGUGAUUGGCGCCGUUGUCGUCUUUGUCGUCUGUCUUGCCGUUCCCUCGGCACAAGGUCAUCGUUCCAGCGCCAGCUUUAUCUUUACUGACUUUGUCAACUUGACCGGAUGGCCCGACGGCGUCGCUUGGAUGAUCGGGCUGAUCACGGCGCAAUACUCGCUCGUAGGCGUGGAUGGUGCUUCGCAUGUCAUCGACGAGAUCGAUCGUCCUCACAUCAAUGCUCCCAAAGCCAUGAUCUUGGCGUGUCUCAUCGGAGGUAUCUCGGCGUUUUUGGUGCUCAUCGCUGUGCUCGCUGGUAUCAACGACAUGCAGAGCGUCAUCAGCGCAGGCGCUGCAGGAAUCGUACAGGCUUUCCUUCAAGCCACCAACAGCAAAGCCGCUACUCUCUGCCUGAACCUCAUCCUGUUUGGCACCAUCGCCUUUGCCGGUCCUGCGCUCAUGAUCACCUCGAGUCGAAUGGUUCAGGCCUACGCCAAUGACGGUUGUCUGCCGUUCAGGAGCAAGCUCGCCCACGUUUCGCCCAAGCACGAGGUGCCCGUCUACGCUGUGCUGUUCUGCUGCUUCUGGUACACCGUCUUUGGUCUGAUCCUCUUUGGCUCUAUGAUUGCGGUGCAGGCAAUUGUCAGUGCAUCCGUUGUGCUGUUGCAGCUUUCUUACGUGGUGCCCAUAGCUGGCAUGCUGUUUGGCGGCAGAAAACGCAUCUUUGAUUCAUCCACCUCUGGCACCAGCCCGAAUCAGAAUGACGACAACGACGACGACGAGAUCCCCAUUCCCACCGACAUCAAGUACACCAUGGGCCCAUUACUGGGACCUUGUGUCAAUGCGGCGGCGCUCUGCUACAUUGGCGUCACCACUGUACUGUUUUUGCUUCCAUCGUACAUUCCGGUCACCUCGGGUUCGCUGAUGAACUACUCGGUGGUCGUCGUAGCAACCACGUCGCUUUUGGCCACGAUCAACUGGUUCGCGCUUGCACGCAAGACCUACACGGGACCUAGGGACUUUAGACAAUUGCUCGAGAGGGCGCAUUUGAGCCGAAUCGGGUGA